CGUAUUCGAGGUGCGUGGUUUAUCUAAGCUAGGGUUUUUGAUGUUUCUUGGCCGGAUCUAGUGAUUUUGAUCAACGGGUUAGAUGCUGGUCUUUCUUCUUGUACAUGCUCAGGCAGUGGGCAUUUGCUCGGGAGUUCAAUGAGUUCGAUUCGGACCGGGUUUUAGACUCCUGCUGAUGAGCAGUCGAUGAGAUCCAUUGGAUGUGCCGUUUAGAUCUAAGGUCUUUUUUUUUUUUUGAGAUUGUGAAGGUAGGAGCGUUUGUGUGGCAAUGUUAAUUGGUAUCAGGAGAUUUAGAGACAUUCUUUAAGAAGCGUACAAGGCAGAAAGUAUGGCACCUACAAGUAAGGCUGAUAGGAAGGCAGCAUUGGAUGCAGCUGCAUGGAUGUUCAAUAUUGUUACAUCGGUCGGAAUUAUCAUGGUCAAUAAGGCCUUAAUGGCAACAUAUGGCUUCACAUUUGCUACAACAUUGACGGGCCUACAUUUUGCCACGACCACACUUUUGACUCUUGUAUUUAGGUGGCUCGGAUACAUUCAACCUUCUCAUUUACCUUUAUCCAACCUUAUGAGAUUUGUUCUUUUUGGAAACUUAUCUAUCGUCGGAAUGAAUAUAAGUCUGAUGUGGAAUUCAGUUGGUUUUUAUCAGAUUGCAAAGCUGUGCAUGAUUCCAGUAUCAUGUCUUCUAGAAAUUGUGUUCGACAAAAUUCAAUACUCGAGGGCCACAAAGCUUAGCAUACUGAUAGUUCUUUUAGGUGUUGGCAUCUGUACAGUCACCGAUGUGAGCGUCAAUAUGAAAGGCCUCAUAGCUGCUAUUAUAGCAGUUUGGAGCACUGCUCUGCAACAAUAUUAUGUGCAUUUUCUUCAAAAGAAGUAUUCACUUGGAUCGUUCAACCUCCUUGGACAUACUGCCCCAUUUCAGGCUGCAUCACUGUUGGUAUUAGGCCCUUUUGUUGAUUAUUGGCUGACGAACAAAAGGGUGGAUGCAUUCGACUACAAUAUCACCUGUGUCUUCUUCAUCAUCCUCUCGUGCACCAUUGCCGUAGGAACCAAUCUCAGUCAGUUCAUUUGCAUAGGACGGUUCACUGCUGUCUCUUUUCAAGUCAUCGGACACAUGAAGACAAUCCUAGUCCUAGCCUUGGGAUUCUUCUUAUUCGGAAGAGAAGGCCUCAAUCUGCACGUUAUCUUUGGAAUGAUCUUGGCUGUUUUAGGUAUGAUCUGGUACGGAAAUGCAUCGUCUAAGCCAGGCGGGAAAGAGCGACGACUUUCGUACUCAUCGCCGACCAAUAAAUCUCAAAAGCAUGGGCUGCUAGCAGAAUCUGGAGAUCACAGUGACAAAGUAUAAUGCUCAGUAUAGUUCUAAAAAAUUACUCUUCACAUUCAGACUACUUCCCUCUCAGCUAUAGCAGUGCUUGUCAGUUAUGAUACUGCAGCAAAACAGGGAAGAGCAGAUGAUAUCUUUCCUCGAUACGUUAACAAACUCAAGAUUGGAGAUUACGCUGGACGAGGAACUAAAUUUUUUUCGUUUUUUGUUUUUUGUUUUUUGUUUUUAUUUAAAGGUCUGUAUUAGUUUCCCACCAAAAAGGAUCCUUUUAAUUUAUUGAUGGUUGUUUGUUGCUUGCA